GGACCAUUGUAACCGGUUCCACAAAGAAUCCAUGCAAGACAUGAGACCGGACGUUCUUUCGGAAGGGAAUGCUUACUACCUUGCUGUGCAUCCGGCAUGUUACAGGAAGGUAGUUAGGCCCACUGCCUUUUAUUCACCACCAGCAAGAGACCUAAAGAAAGCCAUGCAGGCAUGGAUGAAGAAGUCGAAAGACACUUACAGGACGCCAGAAGAGUGGGAGCAGGGAUGGAAGGAAGGAACAAAAUUUGAUGGGCCUCCAGGUGAGGAACUUUUCCAACCAGUAUACUCCGGGGAUGAGACACGGGCGGCCUCAUCCUCUUCCAUGGAUAUGGACAUAACAAAACCUGAUGCCUGGCGCAUAACUUAUGUGGCACUGGUGCCACAGAGUAUCAUGGUAGAAGCCGUUUUUGGAAGGGAAACAUAUCGAUUUGCCAUUGCAGAUACAUUGCUGACAGAUGUCAAAUAUGUAUCUGCAUUGACAAGGAGAAUGCUGGCCAUACCGCAGGGAGGUAAACAAUCCGCUGGAAGGAAACACAAGUUGCUUGGGAAAGCAUACAGUGACAGAGUAACGCUGGCCGUGAAAUUACUAGGACUUCCAGAAAAAUACAUUACCAAUAUUCAUCGUUUAGAGAGUGAUUUUUAUACCUUACCAUCAACAGAACUUUUUGCUCCUCCCACUAAAAAUCCAGAAAUACUCAAAAAGAAAAGCAUUUUGAAACCAACUAUUUCGGCCAAGAAAACUUCAAAAAUUUCAUUAACAGUCAGUAAGAAACCAGAAAAACCAUCCAUCAAAUCAUCUUCCAGCAACACACCAUCCUCUGCACCAGUGACAGUUGUACCAUCAAUUCCAAAGACCUCUUCACCUAAACCAUCAACACCACCUACAACGCCGGCCGUUACCUUAGCAUUAUCUCCAAUUUCUACCGGAUCCUUCUCACCAGCUAUGCCACCUGUAUCUCCCCCAGCAAAGAAGCCAAAGAUUUCGACAAAGACCAUACCAUACACACCUGAAAAACCCACUCAACCCGGACCGACAUAUAUACCGACACCAAAACAGUUGCUGGCGACGAUAACUACAGAAAAUAUACCUAGUGUAGAGCUAAGGACACCUGCUGAGCGGGCAACCUCGCUGCUACGUCUUGGUGGAAUGCCAUUGUUCCCUCCAGCACGGCGGGACUGGACUGGGGAGGUCCAGGUGAAACUUCCAGGAGAUGUUCUCACCAAGGACUGGCCUCCUCAGGGCUGGAAGGACAUGACCCCCGACACCAGGAAGUUAAACUGGGAAUAUAUUGCUUUCCAAUAUGAGCAGGUCUCCAAUAAUACAACUAUACCUAGUCGAGCCGGACUCCUAGACAAAUAUAAUAUGUUUGCUUUACCGGGAACGUCACCGCAUAAUAAGAUUAAAGAUCUUAGCAGAACCAUAAUGAAGAACAGAUACUAUAUGUAUGAGAAUUUAGGAUUAAUUGCCACCGAAGGGAUUAAGCCGGAUCUUUCCACUACUUUCAUGCUGGACAUGCUGGAGAAAGCAAGCGCUAGUCGCGAUAAAACCACAGACCAUAUUUGCCAUGCUUUGGAUAAGGCUGGCAUUCCUUUGAGAUUAGACGCUUAA